UUUAUUUUCGCUUUUUCAGAUUCAGACGACAGUCUGUCAGUUUGUGGUUGUGUUCUUGACAAAGUUGUUUCUCAUGCUUUUGCUAACUUGUUUAUAAAUAUUAUAGAAUUUGAGGGAUAUAAAUAUGUUAACACAAGGGUUUAGGUAAUAAAUAGUACAUUUUAUUAAUCUUUGGUUUUAUUUCAAUCAACGUUUCAACAAGUUCAAACUUUCAAAUCCAAACCUUGCGCUCAUGUUUGAUGAUGUUUGAAUAAGUUUUGGUAAAGAUGAACGAAAACAAAAAGUUUUACGGUGAAACAAAUGACGUUUGUGGCAGUAAAUUUGCAGUUGAUUCGGUUUCAAAAAGUAAUUCUGAAUCUUUACGAACUAUUCGAGAGUUGAAUACAGUUUUUGCCAACCGAUUGAAAGACUGCGAAGAUGCUGAUGGUGAGAAAGUUUCAGAGGAAAAGGUGAAAAUCCUUCAGCAAUGGGUGGACAAUUUGACUGAACAGAAUGUUCUGCUGAUUGAAGUGGUUGAAACGUUUGAGAGCGAGGCCGUACACCAACUAAAAGUUGGAUUUGAAUCGCAGAAACUUCAAAACAAGGAACUUCAGGUGCUACAGCAGCAGAUGUCUUUUAAAAACAGGAUCAUAGAGGCCCAGCAAAAAGCUCUAGAAAAGUUGAACGUUCCUGUAAAAAAGUUGGAUGAGAAUGGCAACACUGAAAAUAAUCAUACGACAUCUUCUGUGAAUGGUGAUGUAAGCAGUCAAAACCAAGAAAGUAGAAUUCCGAACAGCAUGGAGCCGAGUAGUGAUUCGGGGAAAGCUUACAAGGCCUGCUUAUCGGAGUUGGAGAGCACAAAGGAAAAGCUUCUCAACGUUGAGAAAGAGAAAGAAGUUUUAAGGAGAAGCGUGGACGAAGCGGAAAAGAAAAUCGACAAACUUAAUCAGAUGAUGAUCAGCAAUGAAAAGAAUGCGCGCGAGAUGCGCGCCGCGCUGACAGCUGAGGUGGCGGACAAACACGACACGUGUCAAGCGCUGCGUCGCGACGCCCAGCAGCUGGAGGAGCGUCUCAGGCAGGCCGACAUGCAGACGCACUUCAAGGACGACAUCAUCAAGGAGCUGAGGAAGCAGAUCAAAAUUGCCACCAACAAGCUGGUUGGGCAGCUGAGAGACAAAGACUCAGCCGUGGCCAGCCUGGAGGAGAAGUUGAAAGUCCUGAAGGAGCUUCCGAUCGAAGUGUCGGCGCAGCUCUAUCACCUGAAGCAGCGCGUCGCCAGUCUCAGUGAGCUGCUAGCAGCUGCCAAACGCAGCCAGCCCAAGAAUGACGUGCAAUUGGUAUUGAACUCGAUACUGUUCAAUUUGAACGAAGCGCUGCUAUUGGUGGAUGGUUACCGCUGUGAUGGCGGCAUGUCCACGCUGAAGCCAGAUGACAGCAACAGUAGGCACCACAAAUCGUCUUCCAACAUCAGCGAUCAAUCACACAAUCAGAUGCCACUGAGCAAUCUGAUGAACGAACUGCAAAGCUUUAAAAAGUUACUUGAAGACGACAAGCUUGGUUGCAAGAAGAUCGAUGAUGAGAUUAGGACUAUUCUCGGUUCGGUGAGCUGUAGUAAUCAGAAUGAAGGCAAAGAAAUGAUGGAGACAUUGAACUAUACUUUGGAGCCACUUGAAGCCUACUUCAGCAGACGGAUUGACAGUCAGGAUGACAAACAAAAUCUUUCCAUGAAGAAUUUGUUGGAAUCUGUCCGCUGCAUAAAAAGUGUUAUCAGGAAGUUUAGUAAUAAACCCGAGAGUGCAAGCAUUAAUAAUGAACUGCAAAGUCGUAUUAGCACUCUACAGCGACACUUGAACCAAUAUCAGGAAUCGAAAGAAAAAGUUUACCAUAAACUUUGUUGUCUUCAAAAUGAUCAAAACGAAAAAGUUACCAAACAACCCACUGAAAGUAAUUGUGAUGUACGAAAAUGUGAAGAAUAUAAUCAGUCUGGAACUAAUAAUAUACAGUGUGAGACAAGUAGGGAUGCCACGAUAAGACAGUUAACAAAUGACCUGCAAGAACUCAACUGUCAACUCAAGUCCAGAGAACAAAUUAUAACCAAUCAACAAGAAACAAUCGAUUUGCUGCAGAACUCUCUACAAAUGGAACAGACUGAGAUGGAAACUUUGAAAGUUGAGAAGGAAAAAGCUGACGCUCAAACCCAUGCCUUGAAAGCCAAGGUAUUGUUGCUGGAAGCAGAGUUGAAGGAGGUGCAAGCUGCCUUGACCAACAACUGCUGUGUUGAAGCAACAGGUUUCGGCGCCGGUAAGGCGUUGAAUUCAACAUCGAGCAAAACAUGGACGCCCUGGUCUGGCAAGCAGACACUCCCCACUCAUCGACACAUACAUGAUGUGUGACGUGACGUCAUCACAUCUUGAAUUCAUCCAUCAUGCCCUCAAGCAUCACUUUAUCAUAGAUAAUAGCA